AUGGCCUCCACAAAGCGCAUAGAGCAAUGGGAAGUCGAACGAUAUUGGGAGAUCUUCUCAUCCCUCGCGAACGGCGGCACACACCUCAACGGCGCACAAGCAGCCACAGUGCUCAAGAACAGCCAGCUGCGGGACGACCAACUCGAGCGGGUCUGGGACCUCGCGGACGUGGAUAACGAUGGCAAUCUCGACUUUGAGGAGUUCUGCGUCGCGAUGCGGUUGAUUUUUGACCUGGUUAAUGGGGAACUCGCCGACGUCCCCUCCACCCUCCCUGACUGGCUCGUCCCCUCUUCAAAAGCCCACCUCGUACAAGCCUCGCGCGCCCUGACAGGCCGGACCCCCCAAUUCGAGCGCGUCGACACGGCCGACGAUGAUGACGCCGCGGGCCUCAAGGACGGCUUCGACUGGUACAUGUCCCCUGCCGACAAGUCCAAAUACGAGGAGAUUUAUACCGCGAACCGGGACGCGCGGGGCGAGGUCUCCUUCACGGAUCUCGAGCCACUAUACAGCAGCCUCGAUGUCCCGGACACGGAUAUCCGGAGCGCGUGGAACCUGAUAAAUCCGAAUGCGCGGGAGAGUAUUGGCAAGGACGCCACGCUGGCGUUUCUGCAUAUCCUGGCGGGCAGACACGAAGGGUUUCGCAUCCCGCGAACAGUUCCGGCAUCCCUGCGCGCGAGCUUUGAGAGGAACAAUAUAGAUUAUAACGUCGAGCGCGUGCAAUCCCCGGCGCAGCGCUACGGUGCGCACGAUGAGAACACCUCCACAGGCCGGAAAGCCAAGUUCGGCGACGCGUAUCUCAGCCGGCUCGGCGUGGGGGAUCGAACCGCAUACCGGCCCAAGGGCACUGACUUCAGCGGCGCGAAAACGACGGAGGACUGGGAGGAGGUGCGGCUGAAGAAGCAGCUGAAGGAGCUGGAGGAGAAGAUUGAGCGGGUUGAGGAGGCGGCGAGGAAGCGUGGGGGUGGGAGGAGGGAUAAUAGCAAGCCGGCGCUGGUGAAGAGGGAGUUGGAGCAGUUGCUGGAUUAUAAGAGGAGGCAGCUCCGGGAUCUGGAAAUGGGGGAGGGUAGGGCGAAGGAGGGACAGCAGUUGAAGGGCGUUGUGGAGGAUAUUCAAACGGUUAGGGAGCAGGUUGAGGGGCUGGAGCAGCAUUUGCGCGCUAGGGAGGGCGUGUUGGAGGAGUUGAAGAGGCAGAUUGAGGCGGAGAAGGCGGGAAGGUGA